AUGGACGAAUCAACACCUCUCUAUAAUUUCGGAAAUUCUGUGGAAAAAGAUGAACGUUCGGAAGAUGAUGAUAUUGUCAUUCAAUUCGUUCAAUUAAUUUCAUGUUUAUUACUUUCAUGUUUUACAUUAUUUGAUUUAGUUUUGGGGAUUUGGGGAAGUGUAAUUUUUGGAAUCUAUUCGAAAGGGUCCAAUCUGAUAGAUCCAGAGCCAUGUAAUAUGACAACUGCCACUGCUUUAAUAAUGACAUGCUCUGUGUGUUAUUUCUCAUUCUUUAUUUUCAAGAUUAGUUUAGUUUGUUGUCAUUGUUUCGGAUGUAGAAAGAAAAGGAUUUAUCUUGUACCAAGCAUUUGUUUCUUCUACAUUCCUUGUUUAAUAAUUAAUGGAAUUUCGUGUACGAUCUUGGCAUUCAUUGGUGGAAAUAGAAAAUGUCAAGAAAUUCAUGUUCAGGAAUUCGCAUUUUCCAUAACAAGCGUAAUUCUAAUGUCUCUAAUUAUAUGUAUAUGGACUUGUCAAAAUUGUUUAUUGGGUGGAUGUAAAUUAGUUGCCGCUAACGAGGAUUAA